AUGUCCGACUACGAGUACGAGUACGCGACUGAGAGCGAGUCCGGCUCGGUCGAGGCUGCCACCGAGGAGGACGUGCUGGCGGUCAUGGUUGAGACCAUCGAUGCUUUGGAGGAUCUGGUCACGGCCCGUAGGGAUGCAGACGGGACAACAUCGACGUUUUUCGCACGCGCUAACGAAGUCCGAGAUGCACUUGUCGCCGUCCAGGACAUGCUCGAGGCGUGGAUCGAUCCAGACGUCGACGACGAGGAGCUCGAGCGGGUCAGGCGCCGCCUGGCCGACAUUGUCGACGCCGGCCGGACAGUGAUGGUAUCGUCCAAGGCGACUCUGGCGACGGCGCCCAAGCUCUCGGCCUUUGUGGCCCGUGACGACGCCAUUGCAGCCAUGCUCGACGCCUUUGAUGCCCUCCUCCCGAGCUACCCGUCCAAGGACCGCAUCCACUUUCUGGGCAAGCAUCUGUUGGCCUCGGCCGCCGAUCGCCGCUCCGCCGCGCGCAACGUCAUUGUCGACGAUACUGCGGAGCGGAGCGGGGGAAGUGGGCCGAGCCAAGCAGGUCGCGGAGCCGGCAGCGGGGUUGGAAAGAGCGGCCAGGCAGCAAAGACCGCCGCCGCGGUGGCUGCCGCGGUGGAGACGCUGCUCGACGGGGCGCGCGCGCGUGAGUCUGCACGUGAGGCCGCCCAAGCCCACCGCACAGCACUACUUGACGUCGGCGACAUUGCCGCGAUCGAGGCGUACGUCGAAAAGCGGUCGCGCGGGUUUGCCGUGGCUGCGGCGGCCCGCCGCGACGGGCUCGACGCCGACCUCGCCGACCUGCUCGACGGACUGCAGCGGACGUUUGCCGGGCGGCGCCGCGAGCGGCGGGCCAAGCACGGCCUCCCACUCGAUGACGACUGAAGCUUCCUGCUGAACUUUACAUGCCGUUGUCCGACUUGUACUUUUCCCACGCGUUGUUGAGGAUAAAGGCGAUUUCGGUCGAGAGCGCAACCUGCAUUGCGGGUGCGUCCGCGGGCAGCUUAUCA